AUGUUGCAGUCGAUAUUCGAUGAUUUACGGCGUAUGAAUAAACGCCAGUUUCUCUACCAAGUAUUAAGUUUUGGUAUGAUAGUGUCAUCGGCGUUAAUGAUAUGGAAAGGUCUGAUGGUCGUAACCGGCAGUGAGAGCCCUAUCGUAGUGGUAUUGAGUGGUAGUAUGGAACCUGCGUUUCAUAGAGGCGACUUACUCUUUCUCACCAAUUAUCAAGAUGAGCCAGUGAGAGUGGGUGAGAUUGUUGUUUUCAAAGUCGAGGGCAGAGAUAUACCUAUUGUGCACAGAGUACUUAAGCUCCAUGAAAAGGGUGACCAAAAUAACACAGUCAAAUUCCUCACAAAGGGUGACAACAAUUCAGUGGACGACCGAGGCUUAUAUGCACCUGGUCAGUUAUGGCUGUCGCAUAAAGACAUAGUAGGUCGAGCGAGAGGUUUCUUACCAUAUGUCGGGAUGGUUACUAUAUACAUGAAUGAAUAUCCUAAGUUUAAGUAUGCAGUAUUAGCAUGUCUUGGAUUGUACGUUUUGGUACACAGAGAAUAAAGCCGCUCCAUAAGUUAUAUUGUAAUGUAAAUUAUCACCGACUGUCCAGAGAAUGCGCAAUUUAUUCUUAUAAGUUUAUUGUUUAAACAUAUACAGAAACUUAAACACAGAUAUGUGUGUCUGAUGUGUUCGAACAUAGCAUGCACAAUAGGGGGGGAAUAUUUGUAUAUAUAUAUCGCUAAAUGUACACUUAACAAGAAAUAUAAAAACAU